ACAACACACUGACAUUUGCAUAGUGGAACAUAAAUAGAAGGUUCCGCAGUGAGUCGUGUUAUUCGGUUUAGAAGAAACGUACGGAAGUUAAAAUGCCCGACCCCGUGAAGGCUCCGAAAAAAGGCUCUAAGAAAGCCGUGUCUAAGGCCACCAAGAGCGGCAAGAAGAAGAGAAAGCCCAGGAGGGAGAGCUACGCCAUCUACGUGUACAAGGUCCUGAAGCAGGUCCACCCCGACACCGGCAUCUCCUCCAAGGCCAUGCAGAUCAUGAACUCCUUCGUGGGCGACAUCUUCGAGCGCAUCGCCGGCGAGGCCUCCCGCCUGGCCCACUACAACAAGCGCUCCACCAUCACCUCCAGGGAGAUCCAGACCGCCGUCCGUCUCCUGCUGCCCGGCGAGCUGGCCAAGCACGCCGUGUCCGAGGGCACCAAGGCUGUGACAAAGUACACCAGCUCCAAGUAAACCCGCUGUCCUCCAGCAACAUAACGGUCCUUUUCAGGGCCACACACCUCCCUCACUAAGAGCUCAAGUUCUCUAUGUAGCCGCAGUGGCGCGACCGCUGUUCUUUGGUUCCCCGUUUGUACAUUUAUCUCAAUCUCAAUAAAUGCUGACUCUCCGAGUGUUCUGACUAAAGCAACGGGAACGACUCCUAAAAAUGGCUACGUUUCCAUCUUUCCAGCGCGUUGCUGGUUACAGAAGACGCCAAAUGAAAGUGUUCAAUGAGCUGAAUAUUGAGUUUCUCCAUGUAAGUAACUUAAUAAAGGCAGUUCGUUAUCAAACAGUUCGUCUAUUGGUGGUUAGCGUUAUAGCCGCUAAACACCUAAGGCUAAGUCACAAUCUGGAUUCAAAGAAGACACCGAGGGUCCCAGUGUGAAAUAAGACACGACUAGUUCUCUGAAAGAGGAUCACAGAGGUUCGAGUCCCUGCUUGUACUCUCGUUACACUGACUGGGUUGUGGGAUGUAAAUGGGACUUUGAUCUCAGACUCGAUAGCGUUGCCUGUCACCAGGGGGCGCUGUUUGCUCUCGUUUUCACCGCUGAUGAAUCCGGAUCUCUCGCAGACCAAUUGUCUUCACGCUCUGUUCCUUUACUUCAUAAUUCAAACGGGGUCUGGCUUCAUUUUGAACCUUUGUGGAAAAAGAAAACAAACUUUACUACGAGGAGCGACCUGUCAGCGGAAGACUAAGUCGUGCUGCCUCCAAGACGAGGCCAGUAUUUGGA